CGCCUUGGCCCGGUUCUCUGCGGCAGCUUUUGGGAACGAGCUCCUCUAACUGCAUCCACAUAGGCGUCCGUGGAAGCUUUGAGGACCGAGGGAGGGAGGACCCUGCGAAAGCUGCGAUUAUCCCUCGGGGCCAUGGACUCAGACGCCAGCCUGGUGUCUAGCCGCCCGUCGUCGCCAGAGCCCGAUGACCUUUUCCUGCCGGCCCGGAGCAAGAGCAGUGGGGGCAGCGGCUUCACGGGGGGCACCGUGUCCUCGUCCACGCCCAGCGACUGCCCGCCAGAGCGGAGCGCCGAGCUGCGCGGCGCCAUGGGCGCGGCGGGCGCGCACCCGGGGGACAAGCUGGGCGGCGGUGGCUUCAAGUCAUCCUCGUCCAGCACCUCGUCGUCCACGUCGUCAGCGGCCGCGUCGUCCACUAAGAAGGACAAGAAACAGAUGACUGAGCCCGAGCUGCAGCAGCUACGCCUCAAGAUCAACAGCCGCGAGCGCAAGCGGAUGCACGACCUCAACAUCGCCAUGGACGGGCUGCGCGAGGUCAUGCCGUACGCGCACGGCCCGUCGGUGCGCAAGCUCUCCAAAAUCGCCACGCUGCUGCUGGCGCGCAACUACAUUCUCAUGCUCACCAACUCGCUGGAGGAGAUGAAGCGACUGGUGAGCGAGAUCUACGGCGGCCACCACGCCGGCUUCCACCCAUCGGCCUGCGGCGGCCUGGCACACUCGGCGCCCCUGCCCGCCGCCACCGCGCACCCCGCGGCCGCCGCCCACGCGGCGCACCACCCGGCGGUGCACCACCCCAUCUUGCCUCCCGCCGCCGCCGCCGCUGCCGCCGCUGCCGCCGCCGCCGCGGUGUCCAGCGCCUCCCUGCCCGGCUCCGGGCUGUCGUCGGUCGGCUCCAUUCGGCCCCCUCACGGCCUGCUCAAGUCUCCGUCGGCGGCGGCGGCAGCCCCGCUGGGGGGCGCGGGCGGCAGCGGCGGGGGCGGCGGCGGCUUCCAGCACUGGGGCGGCAUGCCUUGCCCCUGCAGCAUGUGCCAGGUGCCGCCCCCGCACCACCACGUGUCGGCCAUGGGCGCCGGCAGUCUGCCGCGCCUCACCUCCGACGCCAAGUGA